CUACAAAAAAAACUUAAUUUAAAAGGAUUGGACUACUAUGAUCAUAGAUUCCAAUGUAAACUUUAAAAAGAAAAACUGUACAACAACGUUAGGAAUGACUGGAAAGUUAUAAUGGAUCGUUCGCUGAUUUCAACGUGAUGUGGCUUGGCUGGUGUGCCAUGCAGUCUAAUAAACCUUCAUCAGAUUCCUUGCCCUGAAAAUACUUGAGGUGGUGAUGGUGUAAAGUGGUUCCUCUGUUACAGUCCAGCAUGGACAGCUUCUUUAAGGCUGCUGUGUGUGACCUGGACAAGUUGUUGGAUGACUUUGAGCUCAACACAGAGGAAAUUGACUGCAAAUCGGUGUCCCUCACAUCCCCUGCCUAUCCGUUCUCCUCACUAAGCUCCCAGUGUUUUCCUUCAGCCCCUCCCACAAUCCCACAAGCCAUCCCUGACCUAAACACGUUACACUAUGGAUGUGCCCCUACCUGUCCUGACUCGAGCUGCCCUGACCCUGUCCCCGGAAACAGUCCCAGCCCAGGAGAGUGCGAAGCCAAAGGCCGGCCCCUCACUGGGGUAGACCUGCUCUCAUCCGUGGACGGCAGGGCAGCAGGAGCAAAAAGCUCUGCACCUCCCUGCCCCGACAGAUCCCUAAAACCUGUGUGUGACCUCGUGAGUGAUACAGGUUCCGCCAAUCUCAUGAGAGCGAACAGUCACAAUUUUUUGGGAGAAUUGGACUUGGCAGAGAGGCAGCUGGAGGAAGAUGGGGAGCUGCUGGUGGACUUUAAUAGCCCGGCAGUGACUUUACCUGCACAAGAGGUCGUGGGACAGGGCUUUGGCACUGGUCGCAGAGAGAGCGAAGGGACGGAGAACGCUGCCAGGGAAGAGGGUUUUUUGGAUAUGGGUCCCCAGGAGACAAUGGGGGGGUACUCUUUCUCUCUCAGCCUGCUGGAUGUGAUUCUCCCAGCUACAGCAGAGAGGCCCAGUGAGCCGUCUCCAAGGUGCUCUCAGUCGGCAGACAGAGAGGAUGAGGAUGAGGAUGAAGAGGUGGCCCAAAUCAACCAGCUCCUCGAUGACCUGCCUGACCACCUCGACCAAUCAGGUGUCGCCUCCCUUUCCGCAGGCACCCAAAAAGAAGAAACACCCACCUCCGAUUUGCUCCCAGAGGCCUGCGAGACAGAAGUCGGAUCAAAACAGUACCCCGAGCUCACCGAAGCGCAGGAUCUGCAAGAUCCUGCACCCUUCAGUCCCUCAGCCGAGAGAGAGCCGAUGGGCCUCUCCUGCCUGCCCAUGGCUGUGUCGAUGUGUGGGGCCCUGGUGACCCCGAAAAACCCAGAGGAGGAAGCGGAAGGACUGGCAGGGGACGGAACUGAGACUGAACUAGCUGAGAGUCUAGAGGCAGAGUCCCUCCCUGCCUCUGAAGUCAUCGAGGAUAUUCCGGCAGAGAGAGUGAAUGCAGUAGACAGUCCCAGCCCAGGUGCUACCUCUGACAACCCCGUACCACGACCAGAAAAUCUAGACGUGGAUUUAGUGCCAAUGUGCCAGGGAGACCUAGCCCCCCUUGUCUCACGACGGACACUGGAGGUCAGUGUUUCCCCAGGGAAGGAGGAGCUGCCGCCUGGUGCUUCUGCACCGAGCUGUCCUCACUCCCCUCCUUCCGAGCCCAGCCCAGGUGACCCCCCUGAGUUUGGGUUUGAGUAUCUGCCCGAAAGUGACCAGGCGGGCCUGCUGGUGACGGACGAAGAGCUGGACGCCUUCCUCCAGGGCCAGGGCCGGAUGGUGGCGGGGGAAGGGAUCAGCCCCUGCGGGCGCUCGUCGGAGUGGGCCCAGGAUGAAGGAUUCUCCGAGCUGAACGGGGACCUGGAGGACAGGCUGGUGGAGGAGGAGCUGAGGAGCUGCAGCCAGGGACCAGGGGAGCGGCUGGGGAAUCUGGCAUCGCCAGAGAGCGACCAUGUUCUUCUGGGGAACGGAAACUUGAACCCAGGCGCCUCCGCACCCUCCCAGGACCCACCUACCCCCGACCGGGCGGAACUGACGGUCCACAACGUGAGCAACAUCCACCCCCAGCCCAGUCUCAGCCCUGACUCCCAGCCCUGCUAUGGUGGCGCCAGACCCAAACAGCUACCCUGUCAACCCCCUAGAUCUCCCCCAGCAGCAGCAGCAGCAGCAGCAGAAGAAGGAGAAGAGCUUCACGGGCCCAGCAGCCUUACCGACAACCAGAGCAUUGUACAGGAUUGGGGGGAAAGCCACCCGUCUCCUCCCAGCCCUAACCCCGCAGAGGAAGCCUCCAGCACCACAGAUCCCGGUUCUGUGUACUCCCCUCAGGAGCACUACGAGGGCAGGGUGGAAUAUGACGAGCUCUCGGAGCCCCCGCCCUACCCCGGGGAGCCCCCUGGGGAGGGGACCCGGGCUGGGGAUGAGCGGGAGGUGGAGGGUCUGGGGUGCAGGCAGCCCCCCUGGAUGCCAGACUCGGAGGCUCCCAAUUGCAUGAACUGCUCCCAGAGGUUCACCUUCACCAAGAGGAGGCAUCACUGCCGGGCCUGUGGGAAGGUGUACUGCGCAGUGUGCUGCAACAGGAGAUGCAGGCUGAAGUACCUGGAGAAAGAGGCCCGCGUGUGUGUCAUCUGCUACGAGGCCAUACACAAAACCCAGGCCUUGGAGCGUAUGAUGAGUCCCACGGGUUCGAGCCCGAACCCCAACGUCCCAUCUGAGUACUGCAGCACCAUCCCCCCCUUGCAGCAGGCCCGCGCCGCCGGCACCCUGAACUCCCCUCCGCCCACCGUCAUGGUGCCCGUCUCCGUGCUCAAACACCCCAGCAACGACGGUUGCCCUCGGGAGCAGAAGCACGUGUGGUUUGCUGACGGCAUUCUCCCCAACGGGGAGGUGGCAGACACCACUAAGCUGUCGGUAACGGGCCGAAGGUGCUCGCAGGAGUCCAGCCCCGUCACCCCAGACCCCCCCCCCAUGGUGGGUUCUUCGGGGUCAGAGGCAGAAGUUGCAGGUGGGGCCCCGGCCUCCGAGGCCCUGGGGCCGGCGGAGGUGUUGCGCCCCCCAGUGUCAGGGCCCUGGGACUACGCCUUGUUGUGUGGCGUGGGGGAAUACAUCCAGAGGUGCCCCAGUCUGCUCCCAGAGGACGAAGAGGGUCUACCCCCGCUACUCAUCACCACCGGAGAGACUGACAGUGGAGACUUGCUGGUGGAGGAGCGUCCGGCCCCUUGCCAGAUCCUUCUGUUAUUGGAGGAGGGAGGACCCCGCCCUCUGACCUUCGUCCUUAAUGCCAACCUGCUGGUUAACGUCAAGCUGGUCACCUACUGCAGUCGGCGCUGCUGGUGUUUUGGCUCCAGUGGCCUGCAGGCACUGGGCCAGAGAGAGGUGGUGUUUGUGCUGGAGUGUCUGCCAGAGGAGAGAGCUGUGCCUAAAGACCUGUUCACGCUCUAUCUCAACAUCUACCAGGACGCCCAGAAAGGGAAGUUUGUGGAGGAACUGGGCAACGUGACGUUCACCGUCAGCUUCCUCGGCAGCAAGGAGCACGGAGGGAUGCUGUUCUUCUCCCCGUCCUGCCAGCCCCUGGAAGGCCUCUGUCUGCCCCCGCAGCCCUUCCUCUGCGGCCUGCUCAUCCAGAGGCUGGAGGUGCCCUGGGCUAAAGUCUUCCCCCUGCGGUUGCUGCUGCGGCUGGGGGCCGAACACAAUGUUUACCCCAGCACGCUAGUCAGCAUCCGCUUCCGCGAGUCCGUGUACAGAGAGACGGGACACACCAUCAUGAAUCUGCUGGCCGACCUUAGGAACUACCAGUACAGCCUUCCAGCCGUGGAAGGCCUGAGGAUCCACAUGGAGAUGGGCCAUAGCUACAUUGACAUUCCCAAGAGCAGGUUCAGCCAGAUGCUAAAGGUGGUGAACGCCUCCAAUGAGCACGUCAUCAGUGUUGGCGCCACCCUAAGCUCCGAGGCCGACUCCCACCUGGUGUGCUUCCAAAACGAAGAGGGGAACUACCAGACCCAGGCCAACAGCAUGCCAGGCAAGACUCGCACAGUGACGGGAGCGAGCUUUGUGGUGUUCAAUGGAGCCCUGAAAGCCUCCUCAGGCUUCAUCGCCAAGUCCAGCAUUGUGGAAGAUGGGCUCAUGGUGCAGAUCCCUCCGGAGACCAUGGAGGCACUGCGCACGGCCCUGAGGGAGCAGACGGACUUCCACAUCCCCUGCGGGAAGACGGACGGCACGGAGGUCCGGGACAAAGUCACCGUCCGCUGGGUGGACUGGGCGGCUCCCGUCAACACGGGCGUGACCAGCAGGGUGGACGGGAGGUCGAUGGAGGGGAUCCACAGCAUGAGGAUGCAGCAGGAGACCGAGUUUCUGUCCGAGGGGCACGCCAUCAGAUGCACUGAGGUGUUUUACUUGUUGAAGACCGCAGACAGCUCCUUGGCGGCAGUGCUGCCCACAUGCAGUGUGUUCCAGAGGCAGAUGGCGCUCGCCAGCUGUAGCGCCCUCGCCCCCCACCUCGCCGUGCUCACGGCCAGAGGGAUCAACUCGCUCUCCCUCCGGGUCUCAACCAACACCGACAUGGUGGAGUACCAGGCUGGCUCAGGAGGCAGGCUCCUUCCCCAGCGCUACAUGAACGAGCUGGACAGCGCCCUUAUUCCCGUCAUUCACGGAGGCACUGCCAGUGUACCACAGAUAGCCAUGGAUAUAGAGUUCAUCUUCUACAUAACACACUGCAUCUAACACACACGCACACACACAUUCCUUCCCACACUCAUCAGCACUCGGCCACGCAUCAUAAACGGAUGACCGAGCGCACAGGAAGAGGCACGGAAGACCUGAUUGGUGUUGAGAGGAAGGGAACAACUAAUGGAACACUCCAGGCUUUGGAUACAUGAGUCAACCACAUAUACGACACAACUGACUGUAAGACUAAGCCCUAAAUAACGGGGCUCUGUGUCACAGUCUCUACAGCCAGAGGUGUGUCUGCGUGCACGUGCCAUGGUGGGAGAUGGCUGUGAAAUUGCUUUUGUGAUAUGCUGCUUGUUUUUCCGCCAUUGGGGAAACAUCUGGAGAUCUUUAUGUUCCAGGAUCACCAAAGCUGCUUUAUUCAAAGCUGCCAAACACUAAAGAUUGAUAACCAACCAACCAACCAACCAAAAAAAAAAAAACACAAAACUGAAGAUCACCUGACUCUUGUAUUCUAUUAUCUUCCUGCUCUGCCUUCAUGGCUUCCUGCUGGCCUCCCAGUCUUGAAGCAUCUGUGAAUGUUUCAACAGACCACUUCUCCUCUCUCUCUCUUUUUCUCUCUCUCUCUCUUCCUCUCUGAAGACAUAUUUAUUGCAUAUUUAUAACGAUGUCACGGUAACAGACAAUUGAAUGGUAAUGAAGCAAACAACCUGACGUCAGACAUGACAUGGAGAUGAACUUGACAUGGUGCAGUGUUCCCCUAUAUGAACCGUUGCUGUGAACUAUAAUAAUAAGUGUCUUCAGUGGUCAUGAAGGAUUUUGCAGUCAUAGCUUCUCCAGCAAGCCCAUGGGUUCUAGAAUCAGGUCUCUUUUGUUUGUUACAAAGUGCAGUUUCCUGUCUUGUCUGAUGGUUUUAUGUGUUGUACGUGGAGGAAGGGGGAGGGGUACACUUCCUAUAAUUUGUUUGUCCAACUGUAUAUAAACGAUAUGCACAUAGAAACUAUAUGAGCUUUUCUUUCUUGUUUUUUUUUUUUUUUUUUUCAGCUUAAAGUACUAUUUUUCGAACUGUUCCGUAAUAUGGAAUAAAAAGUUCAUAUUUUUGAUAGGCUGUUAAGUCACAUUGCAGUUGUAGUGCAAAAAGUUCUGUUUUGCCAUGACGGGCAAAAUAAGGACCAGACCCAUAGAGGGUCUAGAAACCAGACAUGAUAAUGCUGGACAUCAUAAUUGAUUCCAUUUGUUUUUUACUUGUGAAGGUAUUUUAUUUGCAGGUCAAGCCAGCUGCUAGUCCUGGGCUAUUGGGAAACUGUACUAAAGUUCCUUUGACUAGCAUGCAGCCCAGAUAUCCUCUAGCAACUCCAUGGAUGAUACUACUGGCCACUUAUGGAAGUGAAGUUGUUCAUUACGAAUUUACAUACGUUUGUAGAUUUUGUUUUUCUUCAGUACCUGGGUUCUCCUUUUAUUGCACUGCACUGCUUCAUGGGAGUUGAAGUGUCCAAUGCUGAACUCAGAACAGUGAAAUGAACUUGGUGUGAUUUUGAGACUCCUGUUUGAUUAUGUUACUGGUGACUUCACCUGCUGAUUUUGAUCAGAGCUUUGCCACGGUUCAUCCCUUCUCACAAUGUCCUUUGCCGCAGCAGUUUAAUGACUGUGCUGAAUGUCUUUGCAAGGCAGAACAAUUUGAUUGUAAUGAACAGAUUUUAUAGUGCUUUAAACUUAGAUUUAUCCAGUCAAUACACAAAUUCCCGGUGUUCUAAUGCACUUUAAAUGGUGGUAAGGGAACUGCCCAGGUGUCCUGGUGCUACAACACAUGGAAGGGAGGGAACAUUCCCGUAUGGAACAGAACACCUCCACUCAAAGAAAAAAAUGAUUGGCUCUAUCUUAUAUCGACCAAAGUAGCAGUCUCUGGGUGUAUUUACUGCCCACUAUUUGUGCCUGAUGUAGUAUUAAAAUGGAGGGCUUUUAGCUAUGUUGUCUCAGCCAUUAAUCUUUCUCCCAUAACUACUGCAGAGAUUGUGCCCUUCUCAUGCUGAAUAGUCGCCCUACAAAGUUUGCACAUGUAUGCCCUAUACCUGAAAAAGAGUGCUUACAUCUCAGAGAGGAGAUCAUUAUUGGAUGAGUUUGUAGAACUUGCCUGUACUAGUCCACAAUCUACUUUAAUCCGACAACUUUGUUUGUGUUCAGGGCUACUUGGUCCCAGAUCUGUUGCGAGCAGUUGGUUCUGGUGUGAGUUGGAUAUCUCUCUGGGAUGGCAGAGUUUCUUGUCUUGUCAGCCGCAAGCGGCUAAUACGUUGACGUUCCAAGUUACUUACAGUUUUUAGAUCAUUCAGGAUGGAUUUUCUUUCUCCUGUGCAUCUGGAGUACAAUUUUACUGUUAUGGGCGUUAUCUUAAGGAAUUAUCUUUCACACUAUUUGUGAUUAAUAGAACUUUCCAUGAAGUUAAAAUAAAAAGUAUUUUUAUGCUUUUUAAUAACUGUUUAAUGAUAUUGUUUUGUGUAAAUCACCUGUAUUUAUUCAUAACCACCAGCUUUAGUUGGUGACACCUGGUAUCUGGGUUUUGGUGAUCUCUUAAAAUAAUGUUCAUUUCUAAAUAUGUAUUUCAUUUUUUGAGUAAAAUCUAGUUUUAUGCAGCCACUGUCUCAGUUUAUAAUAAUAAUGUGUGUUUUCAUCCCAAGUGAAAUACAGGUUGGGAUUUGUACCUUGAUUUGCUGUCAAAUGCUCUACCAGAGAGCCAUCGGUUAGUUGCCCUAACUUGGCGUGGGACCUGAUUUGAACUCUGGCCCAUAAACUUUGGAGAUAUGCCUGGAAUUAAAUGCCGCGUUAAAUUUUUA